AUCAAGCUCAAAAUUUAUAGAAAAUACAACAGCAAAAUGGGCAGCCAAGCAAUGCUGAACCCUCUAGACCCUGAGGAGUUCAGGAGACAAGCCCACAUAGUGGUUGAUUUCCUAGCCGAUUACUAUUUAAAUAUCGAAAACUAUCCUGUUUGUAGCCAAGUUGAACCUGGUUUUCUCACAAAAACCAUGCCCCUAUCAGCACCACUGCAACCCCAACCCAUCGAAACCAUACUGCAAGACGUUCAGAAACAUAUCAUUCCUGGCCUAACCCAUUGGCAAAGUCCUGGUUUUUUCGCUUAUUUCCAAUCCAAUGCAAGUACCGGAAACUUUCUAGGCGAAAUGCUUCUUACCGGGUUUAAUUCUGUAGGCUUUAACUGGUUGGCUUCUCCUGCUGCCACCGAGCUCGAGAUGGUUGUCAUGGAGUGGCUUUUGAAGCUUCUUCAACUUCCAAAAUCAUUCUCAUUUUCUAGUAAUGGAGGGGGUGUCAUUCAUGGGAGUACAUGUGAGAGCUUUGUAUGCACAUUGAUUGCUGCUAGAGAGAAGAAGUUGAGCCAAAGAAAGGCCGAUCUAGGUAAGCUUGUUGUUUACUGCUCCGAUCAGACGCAUUUUUCUCUCCAAAAAGCUUGUCGAGUUGUUGGCAUAAGUCAUAACAAUGUUCGAUCCAUCCAGACGAAAAAGUCCAUGAAUUUUCAGUUAUCCUCGGAUGCAUUAUUAACGGCUAUUGAAUCGGAUGUUAGAGCCGGUUUGAUCCCAUUAUACGUGUGCCUCACCUUAGGAACAACAUCAACGACAGCGGUGGACCCGUUGCUCGCACUGAGUGAGAUUGCAAAACGAUUCCUUAUGUGGGUUCAUGUGGAUGCUGCUUAUGCUGGAAGUGCAUGCAUAUGCCCAGAGUUUCGUCACUUUCUGGAUGGUGUAGAAGGUGCAAACUCCUUCAGUUUUAACCCACACAAAUGGUUCUUGACCACUUUAGAUUGUUGUUGUCUCUGGGUUAAGGAUCAAAGCGAUCUUACAAAAGCUCUUUCUAAUGAUCCCGAACUGUUGAAGAACAAAGCGAGUGACACUAAAAAUGUGGUAGACUACAAAGACUGGCAGAUUGCUCUUAGCCGUCGUUUUAGAGCAAUGAAAUUAUGGAUGGUGAUAAGAAGCUAUGGAGUAACCGGGCUACAAGAGGUUAUAAGAAAACAUGUGAAAUUGGCCAAGCAUUUUGAAGCACUUUUGAUUGCUGACAAGAGAUUUGAAGUUGUAGUUCCUAGGAACUUUGCUACCGUGUGUUUUAAGUUAUUGGCCCCUAAUGCUAGCAAUGAAGACUCUAAACGUCUGACCCAGACUCUCUUGGAUUCACUGAAUGCGUCGGGUCUAGUUUACAUGACACAUGCGGUGAUAGAAGGGGUCUACGUGAUUCGGGUUGCCAUCGGUGCAACCCUUACCGAGGAGAAGCAUGUUCAUAUGCUAUGGGAUAUGGUGCAAGAGCAUGCAACUCAUUUGCUAGCUUCGUGUGCCGAUAUUGAAUAACUUACACCACACUUAAAUGCCUAAAUAUACUUAAAUAAUUAAGCUUGCUUUUGGUGUAAUAUCUCUCAAAGAUAUCAUCAAUAUAUAAGAUAAUGCUAUAAGUUAUAACGUCCUAUAA